ACGCGGGGCUCGUCGACACCGGCACCAAGUUCUUCCGGGAGAUGAGCUCCAGGUUUGGAGUGAUCCCCCGGAUCGAGCACUACCACUGUGUGAUCGACCUCCUGGGCCGCGCGAACCGACUGGACGAGGCGCUGGAUCUCAUUCGCGGCAUGCCUUUCGAGCCGAGGUCCGUGACUUGGAAAACGCUGCUGGCGGCGUGUGAGAAGUGGGAGAACGUGGAUUUGGCGAGGCUCGCGUUUGGUUCGUCUCUGGGAGAAUCGGAGAAUGGUGGCGGGCUUGAAAUGGAGAAAGGCUGCGGGAAUUACGUGCUCAUGUCAAAUAUCUGUAGAAGCGGCUAGAUGAGCGAAGAAAAAAAUGCUCUUCUACAAAGAAGAGGUCCUUUUCGAGCCGAAAACGGACAGGAAUGAUGACGUGGGGUUGUAGAUAAGGCUAUGACGAAAGGGAAUUCGGGGGGAAAACACUUAUGACAUGAGGGAAAGUUUGACUUGCUGGUAGCGUCUAUCGGUCUUGUGUCGCGACUAAGUCUCUCGCUGACGCUUUCAAACAUCUCUCUUUAGCAAUUUCAUUGCGAUACGACAAUCUCUUUAGCAAUUCCAUUGCGAUACGACAAUGAGCUUGACGAGACGAUAAAAAAGAGAGCUUGCAAAACCACCUGGAAGUCAAGAGAGAAAAGCUAGAGAAGAGAAAUCUCUUGCCAUGGCGGUGAAGUUCUUGGUGCUUGUAAUCGCUAGUGUUCUUGGCUUGUCCGGAGUUCUUGGAGCCGAUCCCGAUCCACUCCAGGAUUUCUGCGUUGCUGUCAAGGACAACAAGAUCAACAUCUCACCACCAAAGUCGAAGAAAGACGAUGAUAAGUAUGAUCACGAUAAGGAUCAGGAAUCUCCAUACAAGGUCGAGAUGUCUACCACGAAUUCCUCUGAUAUCUCGGUGGUGGUCAACGUGAAUGGAGCGAUCUGCAAGAACCCAGCCAUGGUCACGGGCGACGACUUCCUCUUCAAGAACCUGGUGAAUCUGGGCGAUGCAAACAACAUGGUCGGAUCGAUCGUCACCGCCGCCAACAUCGGUAUGUUCUUGGGCCUCAACACCCUCGGGAUCUCCUUCGCACGCAUCGACUUCAAGAAGGGUGGCGUGAAUCCCCCACACACUCACCCGCGCGCCACCGAGAUCCUGCUCGUCAUCGACGGCUCGCUCAAGGUGGGAUUCGUCGCCACAAACAACAAGCUCUUCACUGCGACCGUAAACAAGAACGAGAUCUUCGUCUUCCCCCGCGGCCUCGUCCACUUCCAGGAGAACGUCGGCUACGGCACCGCGCUCGCAUUCGCAGCGCUGAGCAGCCAGAACCCAGGCACCCAGCAGAUCGCCCCGUCGCUCUUCGGUGCCGAUCCGCCCAUCUCCGACUCGGUCCUCGCCAAAGCCUUCGGCCUCAAGCCCGAGGCGGUGGACGCGCUCCAGGUGACGUUCUCCAAGGACAAGGAAUCGUCAUGGUCCACCGAGAAGUAGAAGAGCCCUAAUUUUCAAAUACCGGAGAUUAUUCCCGUAUAUACCUGCCAUAAGCGUCAGAGAUUAUUCCAGAAUAUGCUCCUCUUUCUUUUUCCAAGGGAUA